GCGCGGAUCCACUUGGGAUUGGUCCCUGGGUGGUUGCAGUAGUAGUGUGCGAGCUUGCUGACCGAAAAGUGGAAUCUGGUCCCCUGUGUUCGUGGAGUCUCAGCCGCCGAGGAUCUCAGGGCUGGUUCCCGUCCCUUCGGAGCCCCGGAGGCCAAACUGGGAUUACAAGUUUAAGCCUCACCCCGCAGGGGCGUCCACAUGAUCACCCGUGUCUUCAGCGUGCGCGUGUGGGCCCCGGUGGGCGUCUUGACUUCGCUGGCGUAUUGCGUCCACCAGCGGCGGGUGGCCCGGGCCGAGACCCCGGGGGCGCCUGGCCAGCGUCCCGUCGACCGGAGUCUGCUGGAGUUGAAAAUGGUGCAGGUCGUGUUCCGACACGGGGCGCGGAGUCCUCUCAAGCCGCUCCCGCGGGAGCAGGCAGAGUGGAAUCUCCAGCUAUUAGAGGUCCCACCCCAAACUCAGUUAGAUUACACUGUCACCAAUCUAGCUGGUGGCCUGAAACCACAUUCUCCUUUCGACUCUCAGUACCGUAAGACCGUACUCAAGGGAGGCAUGUUUGCUGGACAGCUGACUAAUGUGGGCAUGCAGCAGAUGUUUGCCCUAGGACAGAGGCUGAGGAAGAGCUAUGUGGAGAACAUCCCCUUUCUUUCACCAACCUUCAAUCCACUGGAGGUCUUUGUUCGUUCCACUAAUAUAUAUCGGAAUCUGGAGUCUACCCGAUGUUUGCUGGCUGGGCUUUUCCAAAGUCAGAAAGAAGGACCCAUCGUCAUCCACACUGAUGAAGCAAGCUCUGAAGUCUUGUACCCCAACUACCAGAACUGCUGGAGCCUGCAGGAGAGAACGCGAGGCCGGAGGCAGGCUGCCUGUUUGCAGCCAGGAAUCUCCGAGGAUUUGCAAAAGGUGAAGGAAGGGAUGGGCAUUGCCAAUAAUGACGGAGUAGACUUCCUCAGCCUCUUUGACAAUGUGGCUGCUGAGCAGGUGCACAGCCUCCCGAGCUGCCCCACACUGAGGAGAUUUGCACAGAUGAUUGAGCAGAGAGCUGUGGACACGGCCUUGUACGUUAUGCAGAGGGAAGACAGGGAGAGCCUUCAGAUGGCAGUUGGCCCAUUCCUCCACAUCCUGGAGAGCAACCUGCGGAAAGUCAUGGACCCUGCCACCGCACCAGGCAAGACCAGAAAGCUGUACCUCUAUGCGGCUCACGAUGUGACCCUCAUGCCUCUCUUAAUCAUCCUGGGGAUUUUUGAUCACAAAUGGCCCCCGUUUGCUGUUGAUCUAACCAUGGAACUCUACCAGCACCGGGAAUCUAAGGAGUGGUUUGUGCAGCUCUAUUACCGUGGGGAGGAGCAGGUGCCAAAAGGAUGCCCUGACCAGCUCUGUCCACUGGACAAGUUCUUAAACACCCUGUCAGCUUACACCUUGAGCCCAGAAAAAUACCACACACUCUGCUCUCAAGCACAUGUGAUUGAACUUGGAGAUGGAGAGUGACCGAUGUAUACAAACAGGAUGCGUUGGUUUUUCAAUAAAAUGCCUUAACACACUA